AGCAGGUGUGAGGCUGGUGUGGCGUUUCUAGGACCGCAGAAAGCUGAAAGACUUCCUUUGGAGUAGCGGAUAAUUGGGUGGUUACCAAAACGAAAAGCAACGUGAGAAGAAAGAGCAGCAGCUGUUUCGGCUUCCAACCAAAAUAAUUAAUAAAUAUUCCCAACCCAAGAAGAAAAAGAGUGACAAAAAUGGUAAUUUAGAGAGAAACCCAGCAAAGUGAUGGGAGUAGUACUGCAAAUACACCCACACCCACAAGCAUGUGUGCCUUCCGCAGCAACACAUACUAAUGUGUGCCUUCUCUUCAACCAUUCAUCAACGCGAAUGUCCUCUCUCGUUCCCAAUGUAAGGCUUCACCGGAGGGGCAGACGGAGGAGGAGGAGCAUCGUCGUCUCCGCCAAACCCUCCUCCGACUCUUCCACUAAAACUUUAGAUUCAACCCCAGAAAAGAUUGAUGUGAAAAGGGAUGGCAUUGAUGUCAAAACUACGCUUCUGAGUAGAUUGUGGAAGGUGGCGGCGCCCUAUUGGUCUUCCGACGACAAGGUCCAAGCGAGGCUGCAGCUUGCCGCUGUCUUUGCUCUCACUUUAGGGACCACAGGCAUCAGCGUUGGCUUCAAUUUCCUUGGCCGUGACUUCUACAAUUCUCUUGCCAACAAGGACCAAGAACAAUUCACGAAGCAGCUUCUGUAUUACCUGGGAGCCUUUGCUGGUGGAAUUCCGGUUUUUGUAUUGAGAGAUUAUGCAAGAGAAACUCUUUCUUUGAGAUGGAGGUCUUGGAUGACAAAAUAUUACAUGGAGCGCUAUCUGGAGAAUCAGACAUUUUACAAAAUUCAAUCACAAUCAAUUAUUGAUAACCCAGAUCAGCGGAUUGUUGAUGAUCUGAGUUCCUUCACGGGAACGGCCCUUUCCUUCUCUUUGACACUUUUCAAUGCUGCUGUAGACCUGAUCUCAUUUAGUAACAUCUUGUAUGGCAUCUAUCCUCCACUGUUUCUUGUUCUUCUUAUAUAUUCAAUCGGCGGAACAGCUAUUAGUGUUUUUCUUGGAAGGGGUUUGGUGACCCUAAAUUUUUUGCAAGAGAAAAAAGAAGCAGAUUUUCGUUAUGGACUUGUACGCGUUAGAGAAAAUUCUGAAUCAAUUGCUUUCUAUGGUGGUGAAGAAAACGAAAUGCAACUUCUGCUGCAGCGCUUCAAAAGUGCUUUUGAAAAUUUGACUCAAUUGUUGAUAGCUUCUAGAAAUCUAGAGUUCUUCACCAGUGGCUAUCGCUACCUCAUUCAAGUUCUUCCUGCUGCCGUUGUUGCUCCCAUGUAUUUCUCAGGCAAAAUUGAGUUUGGUGUCAUUAACCAGUCAGUAUCUGCUUUCAAUCAUAUACUUGGAGACUUCUCUCUCAUUGUUUACCAGUUUCAGGCUAUCAGUGCAUUUUCAGCUGUCAUUGAUCGACUAGGUGAAUUUGAUGAUGUUCUAGAUAGGAGCACCUCUAAGAGUGUUUCUGACCCCUUGGAAGAGAUACGUAUUGUGUACCAUAGUGUUAGAAGUUCCCAUGCACUGGAGUCCAAUGGAUCCAUGCCCAAGGACGUGCACCAAAAAUUACUGGAUCUAGAGAAUUUGACUCUGCAGACACCAAAUAAAGCUACACUUGUUAGAGACUUAUCAUUGGCGAUCAAUGAGAAGGAUCACUUGCUGGUAAUGGGACCUAGCGGGAGUGGUAAGACUUCCUUGUUAAGAGCUAUGGCUGGUCUAUGGAAUACUGGAAGAGGAACAAUCACAUUCUAUGUGAAAGAUGGAGAAUAUCCUCUGCCAUCAAUUUCUUCAGAUGGGAAUCCUCCUGAAGUAAGUACUAUGCAUGAUAUGCAUGGGGAACUUGAAAGACCUAUAAAUAGAAAUUCUAGAGGCAUAUUUUUCCUUCCCCAAAGACCAUAUAUGGUUUUGGGAACACUUCGUCAACAAUUGCUUUAUCCUACAUGGGCUGAAGAUGCGAUUGCCAACUCAGAGGGUGCUAAACCAUCUGGUUUACUACCUUUCUUGAUGCGGGUACCAAUCUCAGGAAAUGUGAGCAAGAAGCUUGCUAAGCCCACAACAGAUGAUCUUAUACAGGUCUUAGAGGACGUCCGGCUUGGCUAUAUAUUGUCUCGUAUUGGCAGUCUGGAUUCGACAUGUGAAUGGUCAAGUGUUCUUUCCCUUGGAGAGCAGCAACGCCUUGCUUUUGCACGUCUUUUGCUUUCGAAACCAAAAUUAGUUCUAUUGGAUGAAUCUACCAGUGCUCUAGAUGAAGCCAACGAGGUUCAUUUGUACCAGCAGAUUGGAGCAGCAGGCAUAACAUAUAUUAGCAUCGGCCAUCGGAAAACCCUUAAAGACUACCACAAUAGGAUCUUACAUAUAUCCCCGACAGACCCCGACAGUACCCAACAGAAUUGGCACAUUGAUUUGAUUAAUCGUGACACCGUAUGAUAUACUGGACCUACAAUUGUUGCUGUUGUGGAAAUAAUCAUGUAUUUUUUCCUUCUUUGCACAAGGUUACUUUCAUGUUCCAAAUUUGGGAAGGAGAAUUCUAAUUGGGAAUUUGUAUUUAAAAUGGCAAUUCAGUUGCCUGUUCAUAUUUUGCUCUUC